AUGUCAAAUUUUGCACAGUGUUGAUGUGCAUCUCCCCUUCAACUUCGUUCAUUCAAACUCUUCCUCCCACUUCCUAACACACACCGCACCCAGAUAUUUUCCCACCGUUUCCUCCAAUUCAAUCAACUGACCAUCAAAAGCAACCAGCCACCCAAAAUUACACAAUCACUGCUCUUGCUCUUCUUCCCUUUCUGUAAAAUCUAUGGGCUCUUCCUUCCCUAACUGAAUUGAAUUGAGUUGAAAUAAUCUGUGGGUCUGUUCGUGUUCUUGGCUGGUAGUAGUGGUUGGAGAUUAUCUUGUGAAAAAGCUUCAGCUUUGAGCUGUUUACGCACCAGCGAAAUCAACCUGCCACAUGGGAUUGGCGCUAAUCACCGACGAAGGCAGGAUUACGAGGAGGACUUCGAACUCGGGAGCUCUUGAUGGAACCACCGCAACUGGGUCUGAUCGAGCAGUCUUUCAAUAGCAGGUACUCCAACUGGGCACGCGAGGCGCUCGACGAAUUGCCUGACAACUUCACUAUCACCGAUCCUUGCAUUUCGGGCCACCCAAUCGUGUUCGCCAGCCGGGGCUUCCUCAAGAUGUCCGGAUACUCGCGCGACCAAGUGGUUGGGAGGAACGGCAGGAUGUUCCAAGGUCCCAACACUUGCAGAAGAUCGGUCAUGGAGAUUCGAGAGGCGAUUCGGGAGGAGCGCGGGGUGGAGAUCAGUUUGUUGAAUUAUCGGAAAGAUGGGACGCCGUUCUGGAUGUUGUUUCGGAUGACGCCGGUCUUUGGUAAGGAUGAGGGCCGGGUGAUACAUUUCGUCGCCGUUCAAGUUCCCAUCCUGCGCCGGAGGCAGAGGAGGAGAAAUGGGGAGGGUUUGUGCGGCGAGAUUUUGUCUAAUUCCUGCAGAAGGGAAGUCUGCUCCAGUUCUUCGGUGGAAUUGGCUGGAGUUUCGGCGGCGGAUUCCGAUUGUAGAGGGAGAGUUGAAUACUUCUUUUGGUAACAUGUUGAUAAUUACGUGUUUCCAAAAGAUUGCAAGCCACUGAAUGGGUUUCAGCUAAUUUCAUAUCUACAAUUUGCGUUAGUCCUUUUACCUGUAUGUUCCUUAGUCUUAGCUUUUACUGCUGUGAAUGGCCGUUACCAGCAGAGCUUGUCUGGAAGAUUUCCUUGAGCUCUCCAUUUUUUAUUUGUGCCUCUUCCAGUUGAUCACAUUUUUGUUCUGUUUCCGUUAAAGACAUUUGGUUCACGAUGUGUAAUUUCUUUCUAAUUACAGCACUAGAGAUUGAAGAAAAAUGCGAGGCCAGUGACACAGAGAAGCAAUUAGCUGCAACUGCUAUUAGAAACGUCUUGUCUGUGCUAACCCACUAUAGCGAAUCGACAGGAAGAUUGGUCUGUGAAAAGAGAUUUGGCCCCAGCUUCGUCAGUUCAUCUUUACAUAUCUCUCUUGGUAGAAUCAAACAAAGCUUUGUAUUGGUGGAUCCACAUUUACCGGAUAUCCCUAUUGUUUAUGCUAGUGAUGCCUUCUUAAGAAUGACAGGGUAUGCUCGGAAUGAAGUUUUAGGGCAAAACUGUAGGUUCUUAACUGGUGUUGAUACAGAUCCCUCAGCUCUACAUCAGAUAAAGCAAAGUAUUCAAGCUCAACAAGCAUGCUCAGUACGUAUUUUACAUUACAGGAAGGAUAAGAGCUCGUUUUGGAAUCUUCUUCACAUUUCACCAGUUCGUAAUGCUACUGGCAAGAUAGCAUACUUUGUGGGUGUCCAGAUUGAAGAAGGCAGUGUGGACCGACAUGGAUUGAGCCCUGAGAUGAGGCAGCUGAGCGUCGUUGGAUCAAUCAAGGUGGCAGUGAGGAUUUCAUCAAUGUCCUCUUCCUCCAAAUCACCAUAGCAUUCAUUGAUUCCAUACACCAGCAGAGACAGUGAAAUAGAGCAUCCUCUUGAUGUAGCAGAACAUUUUAUCAUUAAAAGUUAAGCUCUGUACUCGGACCCUUUGAACAAGACAUUUCAAGUCUUUUCGGUGAAAAAUGGGCUUGCCUUCGUUAUGCUCGGUGAGCAAGACUAGGCAAUUGUGAGCACUGAAGAGCAAAAUUAAUAGUGCUAAAGUUGCAUUCGCUGAGUACACAUUCGUUGCGGUGAACCCAAGUAUGGUCGUGAAUCGUGAUGGGAUCAGUGGGCUUGCACAUGUUGUCAAAAUGAAGAAACUUAGUGUUUGCAGCAGAUAGAUGAAAAAAACUCAAAAUUUAGCUU